CCCGACGUACCGCUCUGUCUAGUGGCUGCCGACACAGUGGCCGGCGGGAGGCGAGAGGACACAGCGAGACCCUUGCUCUAUCUUCUUCCGGCAGACCGGCGAUGUGCGCACGCGUGCCGACGCCAUGAGGCUGCCCAGACUUCGGCGUCGCGACGCCUCGGUCGCGGCGUCCCCCCAGCACCAGCAGCAGUCUACGUCUGCGUCGUCCACGACCGCCACUUCGACGUCGCUGCUGUGCCGGCUCGCCAGCCGCUUGCAAGCAGGGCUGCCACCGCGGGGGAUGCCUGAGGAGCUGACGACAUCCCCAACCGACACCGCGACCUCCGACCUCAACUCGAACCACACGACCGAGCCUGUUGGCACUGCUGGAGCCACAGGCACAUCCAAUGGGAGCUUCGCAGCCAGCAAUGCGUCCUCCCAGGACCUGGACUUCAUUCAGGACAACUCGGACUAUCAGUGGUUCCUGGACUAUGGAUAUCGGGAGGCCCCCGGAGGCCACCACGUGAGCGUGCUGUCGUACAGUGAGGAUGCGGGGUUGCGGCACGGCGGGCCGCGCUACGACGACCUGGCGCGCGACCUGGACGCCAACCUGGCAGAGGUGGACAUGGAGGACCUCCGCACCGAGGACAUCCACUCCAUCCUCAGCACACUGCCAGCCAUGUGCUGUGCCGACAUCCAGGCCGAGAGACAGGGGGAGAUGUACGCCAGCGUUUCAGGCUCCAUGAUGGCAAAAUUCGAGUUUGAUUCGUCCGUGAGUCCGCGCAGCAGCUCGCAGGCGGAGGACACGACCGGAUCGACGGACACCAUGUCCAUCUGCAAGUCGGAGCAGUUGUUCUCGCCGGUGCGGGAGUGUCCGCUGCCCGGCUGCAACUUCAGUGUCGACUCGUUGGACUGUGAGGGCCUCACGGACCACGACAUCAUGCUCACCUGCCAGGCCAACAAGGACAACUACACCAUCGCGUUCGAGGGCAGCCUCGCGCUCUGCUCAGAGGCCGACUCAGAUUAUCACGAACCGGUCGAGAGUGACGUGGGUGGAAGUUCGGACAGCCACCACCGGUGGCAGCACCGUCCCCAACUGGGGCGGCAGCCCGCCAUGGACCAGUCGAUGGCGCGGUCCGACUCGCUGUACACGACGUGGAGCAAGCUGCACAAGCGGUCCAGUGACGUCCAGCUCACACGGCACCCAUCAGGUAACAACAACACUGCACCAGCGAUGCCGACGUCGACAGCAACAGGGGCGGCCUUGAAGAGCAGAUCCCUGCCGGACCUGUGUCCACCCAGGAGGGGGGCGCACAGCGGGGGGCGUUGCGUGCGGCUGUACGACGUGGGCGAGGGGGACCUCAGUCUGGUUCGCCUAUUCAUGCGCCAGCGCACCGGCUCCAGCAUCGCCACAGAUAGCUGCAGCCAGUCGGAAUCGGGAGCGAGUGGAAGUAACCAUCGCUGCUCACUGAAUGACUGCAGCGUGUGUUGCUACAACAACAACCGCAGCAACAACAUCAUCAGUGGCAGUACCGAUGCCAUCCGGUCGGUUGCGGACAACGGCAACAGGAAUACCGAGUGCAUCAAGGCGGCAGACCCCCGAGUCGACAACUGGGUCCGUGUGGGGAAUGUCACAGGCGGUGACGAGUACUCGACCUGCUGCUUUGAAGAUAGCCUGGUCGGGCCUCCGGUGAAAGACGGCACCGUGCACCAACAGCAGCAGCCGGAGCUGAUACGGGAGGAGACGGAGGAGUCGGAGAGCUCCUCCUCCGUGGAACAGCUCUCGGAGAGCGUGUCCAAGCUGGAGGAGUACGUCCCCGUGUCGCUGCCGGUCCAGAUCCCGCCCGCCCUCGACCACAUCCGCUGCCACGACAACAACAACGGCAGCCGGGCACUCGAAGAGAGGGCGACACAGACCAGUGUCGUCCAGUCUCGCAAUGUGGCCGCGGGCACGCCGCCGUCACCGCGCACGCUGAGCCGCGCGGUGCAGACACUGGCAGAACACAAGCGGCGCACGUGGGUGCUGUUCCCCAACUACACGCUGCCCGACCUGGCGUUCCUCCGCAAGCACCGGCACAGGGAGCUCGACUUCCUGCUGGCCCCCCAGAAGGUCGACACCGCCGCAACUGUCGCCGUCGGCACGACCGGCGGCAAGAGGCGGCCGCGCCCGCUGUCGUGUGAUGACGUCGAGGUGCUCAGGAGGAAGGGCUUCGCCCACGUCAGGGACCGUGACUCGCUCGCCGUCCUGCUGCCGCGGGAGUACCGCCGCCUGCUCGAGGAGCCGGACACUAACAAGGCUGUCACUUCGGAUUCCAGUUCCCACCCGUCAUCGGGAUUCCGCGGCUCCUCGACACUGCUGAGUGACUCGAACCCCCUGCUGGUGUACCGCUACGAGAGUGAGUGCUCGGUCCAGCAGCAGUUGCAGCAACACAAGAAGAAGGCGGAGGGCAAGGUGUCACCGCCCGCACUGAGCAAGCGUGGCAUCCUGCGCCAGCAGCAGAAGGAAGACGGCACCGGCCGCCACCACCGCCACCGUCACCAUCGCCACCACCACCAGCGGAAGCCACCACCGCCACCUCUGGACCCAGAUAAAGACCUCUGUGAUGAUGAAGAAGACUUUGAUGAAGGAGUGGACGCCGGCACAGAUUCGAGCUACGAGGAGCCGCGGCCACCCACGCCGCCCCUCCCCCGCAGUGCGGCGGCAGACGCCGUUCUGGGCCUCGACGGCCUGCUGGAUGUGAGCGGCCUGUCGUCAGUGCUCGGGUCGGCAGAGAAUCUCGAGGGCUGGGGAGACGACGACAUGAAGAGGCUGAGGAUGCAGGUGAGCAAGUUCCUGUGCGGACAGCGCAGCAAUGUGAUGGCCGACGUCUGCAACGGAGGGGCGCCGCACAACACCCCGGAGCACAGGCACCUGCAAGGUGGCGUGGGGGUGGGAGCAGCCGGAGCUCCCCGCGGGAGUGGCGGCAGCUGCGACUGCUCGGGCGGCUCGGCGUCGUCCUCGGGCCGCUCCUCGUCCGGCAGCAACAGCGGCCGCAAGACUGUCAGCUUCCGGCUGAGCCUGCCGACGCCCCCGAACUCUCCGUCUGCUGCGUUGCAGCACCAGCAGCGGCUCUGCCAGGGGAAGCUGGCAGACAAUGAAUCUAGUCCAUGUGAGAAGGCUGUGAGGCCGGCAUCUCUCCUGACCCAUGUACACAGCCCAUCUGUGCCUCUGGCAGCAAUCGACAUUGCACAAAAGAGGGAGCUGGUGACGGCGGUGGGGGACGCGGUGGAACAGGUGGUGAGCCACUUCUCGGCGGCGGAGAACCGGCAGCACUGCUGCACGCUGGGCGACUCGGUGCGCACGCCGGCGGUGGCACGCAUCGCGCUCGGCAAGCUCUGCCCCGCACUCUACGCCGCCCUCUGCGACGGCCUGCGGCCCGAGCUGGACACCGCGUUCGGCCCGAUCCCCAACUCCCUCUGGCAGGUCGUCGAGGCUUCCGCCCAGAAAGAUCCAAUGACAAAGUCUCUAAAUGAACUGGUACUACGCAUCAACAGUGAAGAUGUUUUCACAGAGGGGAUAAUGAAGUUCAACGCUUUUGUGUUGGGGCUACUUAACGUACGGUCCCUGGACGCGUGGGUGGGGUACCUGCGGACGCGCGAGUCGGUCCUGCGGCGGUACUACCAGGAGGAGUGCGGGCUGCUGCCACUGGGGAACCUGGGCGGGCCGGCGUGGCGCGGGCUGGCGGACCAGCUAGUGGCGUGCCUGCAGCCGCUGGCACUGCUGCCGUUCCGCCUCGACCUGCUGCACCAGCCGCGACAGCUCGCCGCCCGUCUGUCCCUCUCGCCACCGGCAGAGACGCCGCGGCCCGCACGGGGACCGGCACGGGUGGGCGCAGCGGCUGCCGCCGGGAUCCCGGCGGGCGCGCCCGGCUGGAGCCUGCGCGGGCUCGUCAGGUCGAUACACUCGUCCCUGUCGCAGCCGUCGCCCCGACAGGGUGGUGGGGAGGAGGAGUCCCAGCUGCCGGAUGUGGUCGGCUCCUCUCAGGCAUGGGAGAACAGCACCCAGCGCCCUCGCUCCUGUGUAGACACAGCGACCGCCCCAAAUGGCCUCACAUCUCUCACGGACCUGGCUUCAACUGUUCGCAAGAGGUGGUCGGGAAUCCAGCUGGGCUCGAGGCUCUUCCAGGCCUUCGACCGGUUGGGAGCAGAAGACGACUCUGACCCCGACGUAGAUACGGACGAUGUAGAGGUGGACGAAAACGUGGCCCGACCGGAGCCGGACAGCUUGGAGCCACAGGAGAAGCAGCCACCGACAACGCGGGGACAGCAGGCGACAGCCGACGCGCGGCCGGCGACUGCUGCGGCAGAGCGCGGGGCAGUCGGGCAGCCGGCGGGCUCUUCGCCGCAACCGGCUGCCGCCGGGGGCAAGUUCCGCCGGCUGCAGAUGAAGUGGGAGCUGCUUAGUAACAAGGAACCGUCUCUGUCCCCACAAUCUGGGGGCAGCAGCAAAACCACCUCACCUUCGGAGAGCAGCCCGUCGUGCGUGUCUUCUAACCACAGCAGCAGCAGUGGGGGUCCGGCCGCCUCUCCCGGGGGGCGUGCCGGUGCGGGCAGCCGCAUCCCGAGGCCCGUCGCCUCACCCACCCGCCAGCAGCCGUCCGGCAUCCCCGUGCUGUCGCCGGCCGCCGCCAGGGUGCCCAACGGCAUAGUGACGAGGCGCUCUUCAUCUGUAACACCGGCAUCUUCGAGGCGGGUCUCCGCGCCGCCUUCUACACCAGUUUCCGCAAAGACAUCUCCGCCGGCGCCGGCGGAAGCCACCGAGAACGGAACUGUCGCGGGGGCCGGUAAGCGCGGGAUCCCGCGGCCCAGCAGGGUGGACCGCGUCUCCUCUGGUGCGCCCGCUCCGCGGCCGAGCAGUCUGCCGUACGGGCAGACCGGGGCGGCGCGGGGCGGUGGCACCCGUCAGCAGCAGAGGCGGCCCGUGUCGGUGUCUGCGGGGAGGACGGCGGGCACGGGGGCGACGGGUGCCUCCACCUCUCCACGGUUCGUCCGGACACUGUGCCACCGGCUGCCGUCUGACGCGGGCCACCUCGCCUUCAACGAGGGCGAGCGUCUGCGCGUCGUGCUGGAUGUCGACGACAGCUGGCUGCUCUGCUGCCGCGGAGACCAGAAGGGACUCGUGCCGCGCUCGGCCGUCGUCUAGCGGUCCGGCGCCCUCUGCUUCCCACGCUAGGACACCCCACCUGUCUCUGUACCUGUUUGCUUCUUCGGGCAGUUCGGCACCUAGGUACAUUUCUGUCUCGUGUAGUAUUUCGGGGGAGAAAUAAGUAUUCUGCACAGUUCAAAAAUAAUUUAUAUCUCGUCACGUGGAAGAGAGCUUUCUUUGUGGCGUGUUGUAAAGACUUUCUUAAAUACGUCACAGAAAAAGCUUGUUCUUACUUGACGACUGUUUAUAAAUUUAUUUUGGAUUGUACUAAGUGACUUUGAAAGUGAAUAUACUUCGUUGUUAGUGGUCCAUUCGAGUUGCAUAUCUCACAUUCUACCAAUUUUUUGUUAUUAUGAACUGCAGUAUUAGAUUGCAUUUUUCGUUACUCUUUUGCCACUUAUAGGAGUUGGGAGUGUUUACUAUAAGAACUGGAGUCGGGUGUAGAGAUGUGUCAACUAUUAGAGGCGCGUUACAGUAUCGAAUGGACUCGGCUGAUCCAGUAUUACUGCAGACAGAAGUAAACAGGAACUUCCUCACGGAUAUACCUUUCUCGUCCUCACCUUACCUGAUACACGUGAUAAUUUGAUCAAUCCCUGCUAGGUAUUUUCCUAUGUGGUAACCAUAUUUUUAUUUAGGACAUUUGUUCCUUAUAUGUGUGUGUGUGUGUGUGUGUGUGUGUGUGUCAGAGAGGGGUUGUGGGGUAAACGUGGAUGUAUGCUAGUGGUUGCUGCUGUAGACUGAUAUCCUAACCCAUAGCAAAAAUACUAGGUUUUGUCAUGAGCUGAAUUUGGUCCCUAGAGCGAGACUAGCUUUUUGGCAGUGUGCACCUCAGGAAAUGGUUCAUGAUUAGCAUCAGAUAGACUGUAUCAUUUAAUGUGACCAAUUUCAAAUUUUGCAGAGGAUUGUACCUAAAAAUUGUAUAUUUGGCAGAUGUUCCUCCAAUGACUCUCUCACACUGCGGUGAAAUUUUGGUUGUUAGAAUUGAAGUAAUGGCUCCACAGUAGUGGUUUUCUCAUUUGAUUGUAAGACACUUGCAAGAAUGAUCAGUCAUGCCUCCCAAUUUGUAUGUCGUUGGUUGGGACAGGACUACAAAAAUGCAUUGUGAUAGUUUGUGUGUGUUCCCUGUGUAGUCGGAUGCAGUGGAAGAAGAGUGAGUGUGUUCUGUAGGAAUUGUAUUGAUAUUUACCUCGGGCAGUAUGGAAAUGGGAAGAUACCUAGAACUAAAGAUUUGGAAAUUGCGUUUUGUUAAAAUUCAUGGCCUGGCCUCAUAAACAGUUACGUGGACACGUAUUUAAGUGGCGUCAGAAUGUAGAAAAGAAAUGUGAUUGGACAGAAGAAGAACAGUAUUUGGCAAAACUACAAGAGACAAAAUGCAGACAACCAGAUCGAAUAAUGCGGUGAUAAUUUGUCACUGUCUGAAAGCGUCAUGGUGUGAAAGGAAUUUAUUGUUUUGAAAUUUACUCUGAAGCUUAAUUUGUAACAUUUUCCUCCAGUACAUACUUUGUGGUCCAAAUUGUUUCCAGCAGCUAAAGAUUCCACUUUCGCACCAUGACAUUUUCUCAUAUACUCCGUAUUAAAGCAGACAACAACACAUAGUAUUAUUCAUUAUUAUAUGUCCAUAAUUACUGACAUUUUGGGCACAAUAAGAACAUUAGAACAGUAUCCUAAAAGUGUACGUAAGACAAAUGUGUAUCGUAGGUAAGCAGCCUUUGGGAAUGAAAUAUAUAAGCUGCUCCAGUUCUGUAGCUAAAAAUGAUGUUAUUUAUAGUAAUAUUAAUUGUAAACAUAAAUAAAAAUAACAGCUGGCGGUAAGACUUAAGACUUACUUUUUGGGGCUAAUAUGUUUGCUUACAGCAUUACGCAGCUUAUAAAUUCUUUGUACAGAAUUAACAUCUGUGUGAUACCACGAGUUUAGUAAUGGCAUUUAUCUUCCUUUCCGAUGCUUGCUAAUUCUCUGUGUUCAGGGGUGGCAUUGUGUCAUGUUUUGCAUAAAAUAAUAAUUCUAAUAAUUACAAGUAACAAAAAAAGUUGGUUGAGAGUUUAAAAUGUCUAUAAGUAGUUUGAAGCUGUGAGGUGAACUGACAGCAUUACCAAAGUCUCCAGUGCUACCGUCGGACGAGUUAUACAUUACAGUGCACCGUACGUCUCCCGACAUAAAAAUCUCACGAUAAGUUGCUCUGUAGACCGUGAUGCUUCUCGGUGGUUAUAUCAAAAGCAGACCAUGAGCUUUGUUACGAGUACUGCUGUCAGUUGAAAUGUCGAAGGAAGUAAUUUGUUCAAGUUCUUGAAGUGUGGUAGAACAUUAAUUUUGGUUUGCUUGAAUAACUUCCAUCCAAAUGGCAUUGUUUAUGCGACUUACAGCUUGUUAAAACAUGUCCGAAUAUGAUUUUUUUUUUUUUUUUUUAAAGAGAAGUGUUCUGAAUGCUAACAGUUGCUUAACAUUACUUUUGGUAGCAACCUAGCUUGAUACCUGCAAUUGCACCUCGACUUCCCUCUUCCCCCUGUAGUUCCUGCACGUUCGUGUAUGUUGUCCCAAAACUUCGCAAGCAAGCCUUCACACUUGAAGCAGAUACACUGUCCGCAGUGCAGUAUUCCUACCAGCAAGGAUUCAGUAACAAUUAGAAAAUGCGAGGGUCUUAAAACUUUUGUAGCAAACUGGGAUUUUAAGCCAGACCCUUGUAUUUUGCUGUCAGUGUUCUUACUGCCGAAUGUUGAGCAGUGAUUAGAACUGAAGAUGUCAGAUAGGAUUGCGAGUAGUGUUGCUCGGCAAGAACAGUGUCCUUAAAAGGCUAGGGGUCAGGGUUUGAUUCUUAGCCUCGCCACAGUUUUUUCACAGCAAAAUCCUAUGUGAAUUAAUUACCUUACAAGCAUCUUGUCUCAUUUGACCAGACACUUAGUAAAAAUUGCAGUUAUCUAUGUGAAAUUUUGAGGACGCUCUGUCGGAUAUUUCCGUUCGGAGUGCUGAAUAAUUGGUUGCCUUUGGCAGUCUGGAUUUUACAACAAAACACGUUUAUGUUCCUUGCUGGUGGUUGUAGCUUUGAGUGAUGUAAGGUCAUUAUCCCUACCUACGGCCCUUAUACUCCGCGCUGCUCUCGACUGAUCGGAAUGUUGCUUAACUCUGCCUUCCGUGUCUAAUCUCUUCCUCCCGUGAAGCUGGGUGCAUGGCAUGUGUCUAACACUUCUGCUUGCUCUUCAGUAACGAGGUCUUCGUCACCUACUGCGGCAUGGCGACGCUUGACAGCUCUCUGACAGAAUGCUGUUUUCUUUUCUGCUGCAUUUACUUCAGCUGCUCUUUGUUGAAGAUUUUAUACUCUGGCAGCUAAUUUGAAAAUUAAAACUGGAAAUGAUUUUAAAGAAAGUGUUAUUCAUAUGUGUUGAAUGGUACCUGGAAAGAAACUUCAUUGUCCAUCUAUGAUAAGUAUGAGCAUUCAUUUCCACCAUCUUGAUCCAGAUUUACAAAAUUUUGGUGGUGGGAAGUCUAGCAGAUACGCACUGCAAAACAAUCUUAUUUUGUGUAAUCUUUGAACUUCUCUUACUGUGUUACUUUUUUAGUAAUAACUUGAAAAUAUAAUAUUUUUUCAAUGUUCUGUCAGUGAAAAUGAGAUAGUCUUUGAAAAAUAACAUUAUAAAUUAGACAUUAACAAGAAAAUUUUAGAGAUGUUUGUUCAUUGAUGAACCAUAAAUACUGUUUUAUAGUGGUGGCUGGUUGUACUAACAAAUUGAAGUCCUAGGAAAUUGAUUGUAGUAUUUUUACACCUAAUGGACAAAGUUGAGUAUUCUUGCAUGUAGAUUAGGGGCUGAUGGUAAACUUGCAUGAGCUGGUGACAGAUAUUGAGCAUAUAAGCUGCGUAGAGAAGUCAAAAUCUGUAAUGUGCAGUAAAAUUUUAUUAAUAAUUGGUGUUGCAGGUGGACUGAAAAUUGAUUGAAAACAUUAUCAUGCCUUUCAAAGCAAUAACUCUCCUCCCCUGGGUUUAUUUCCAUGUGAAGGUUAACUUGUUCUCAUAGUUAUCCAUAUGGGUGUCUCUCCUGUUCUGAAAAUUAUGUUGCUCGUGGGCUGUGAUUAUUUCAUAAAUUUUAUUUUUGUUAUAAUCUCUAUGGUGUUGGUGUUUGUCUCCUUGCUGUUGACUUAACAGAAUUAGAAGAGAAUUAACAUUUUAUACAAGAAAAGUGACUGUUUUUGGUGCCUGUAAGUUAGACUGGUGUCGGUCGUUUCUGCGGUGCGUGGUCAGGGGGAGGUCAGUGUGUAGGGUUCGCAUCCCGACACAGUGGAGAGCAGCCGAGUGCCGGGCCUACCAGAGUGGGCCAGGUAUUCUCGGCAAUACCUCGGGGACCCUUAUUCUGGACCAUUCCACCCCUCCUACCCGAGAGCACAACUGCACAUUAUUACACCAAUACCUUUGCUGCACUUCCUGUAGAAAACACUAUUUGUUACCGGAAGCAAAGUACCGUUAGGUCAGGAUGUGACCUGCUGGAAGAGUAGGAAAAAGUCAGCAUAUGGCAUCAAACAUCCGUGCAGAAAGCUUGCAUACUGUGCUGUUAAGCCAGUCAUUCUGAAAUUAUGUUAGCACAUAGUUGUUCUGAUUUUUUUCUUUUGAUUGUAGAUUGUUACCAGGUUGUAGAACAGAUUCUUGUAGUAUUGUAACAUAAGUGUGAAGUAUCAGAUUGGAUUACAAAUAGAAGGAAGUAUCAUUAUAACGGAGAUACCAGCACGGCUGCCGCAUUUUCCAGUGAUUGCUUUGCAUAUGUCGAGUGCUUUGUCAGCUUGAUGUGAGCGUUAUUCUAUCUUAAUUGUACAGACGGAGCACACUAUUUCACUUAAUGCAGAAGGCCUUUCAGUUUUGAAGCUGUAAGUGGGCAAAAAUUUGCAUGAAAAAGGAGGCAUCAGAUUGGACUGAGCCAUGUUCUGUGCAGUACAUUUUUGACGGUAGCACGUUUUUCCGCGGUAUGAUAGACAGUACAUUUUUGGGUGCCCAAUAGAGUUGUUUAUUCCAAAUUUGUGCACAAUAGACAGCUGAGCUAGUAAUCUUAAAAUGUCAAAAUAUUUUGCCCAAAAAUGGAAUCGGCAGCUCUUGUCUUCCUUUAUACCACAUUAUGGAAUUUUCCUAAAUAAUCUGCAGAGACCUUAACCCUCAGCUGCGGGCGAUGCUCACGUGUGCGUUCGGUUCUUUCUGUGCAAUUCCACAGGACAUGCCGUUAUUCUGUUGGAUAUAGUUUGUGGGCUGUUUGUACGUCAGAUCUCGCCAAAUCUUUUUUAUGUUGUGCUGGAACAUCGGGAGUCACAUUUUACACAUUCUCAGCUCUCAUCCAUAAACUUGCAUGUACACCUUCUCACGCUAGCAAUUUUGGAGUCAUUUUAGCGAGCUUGUGUAGGUAACCUUGCUUCAGGGUGCACUACACUCAGAGACGUUAUCAGUAAGUUUUAUAAAGUUGAACGUGAUUUUUAUGUUUCGUGCAUUGAAUUUAUUUAAUUUUAUCAUAAAUCACAAUUGAUAUUGGACACGUCAAAUGAAAGUUGCAAUAAUACAUAGUAUUAGCAGACAGUAGGCAACUAAGGUACCCUUACAAUUUAAUUUUUAAUUAACUUUUUGUACUACGUAUUCAGAAAUUCUUUUACAGAAUAGAAACAGUGCUUUAAUGAAUUACUUAGGAAUAAAGAGAUGACUCACUGAAAGGCAGAAGUGUUGUGUCAUCUCUCUAUUCUUGUUUCUAUUCCUAAAUAAUUCGUUAUUCUCAACCAGAACUUUCCGGGUGUUAUUAUAAACAGUGCUUUAUUAGAAAUAUCUUGUCUUUAUUUUUAAAUAUAGGAUAUGCAGCAAUUUUUUUUUUCACUCUGGCAUCUUGUUGCAUAGUAUUAUACCAAUUGUGUGUGUUAAAUGUCAAAAAUCAAUUCUAAAUUCGGUUUUUAGUUUUCUCGUUAAUUCCAUUAAUAAAAUAACUAUAACUAUUCUAAUUAUCGGAUAAAAUUGGUCUGUGGAAAAUCACCCGUGGUUGUAGGGAUAAUACUGUGCGUCUCCCUUGCUGUGCAAAUGAAAGUAAAUGUGGGACGUGGAACCCUAAAUGUCCUCUAUUGGGUUUUGUUUAGUACAUAAUAUUCAUAAUGGCACAGCUUUUUUCUUUUCCAAGAAAUACUCAGUUAUAGAUAAAUUGUUUCCCACAAGUUGGAUAAAAAACAGGUUUUUACUUUUGACCAUAUCUUUGAAAAUUAUUUUAUAAGUGCAACAGAUAAGCUGCAAGUACACUUGCUGUUAUUGAAAUUACAUGCUUUUGUAAAGCAAAUAGGUGCAUGAGAGAAUUGAAAGAAGCUUUUCCAUCUCCAUGUGUGCUGUUGUUACUUUUUUUUCCUAUUGCAGUGUUGCUGCUAUUAUUGAAAAGUGUGAAGUAAACAGGAGAUUCAAAAUUUUUUUUUCUGUUGUCCAUAACAGUAUCGAGUUUUGUAUUGUUUAGGAACUGCAAAGGAAUAAUUUCUCUUGCAGCAUUGUAGUGAGGAAGAUAUUGUUCAUAAUUAAAUGGUGGUAUUCACACGUUUCAUCGGGUUUAUAGUAGGACAUUGCUGUGCGUUAAAAACUUGAACAUAUUUAUUCCCCAGAACUGCUAUUUCAUUAAUGUUAGCAAAGUCUGCUCUCCAUCGCGCAAACCAAAGCUAUUUCCAAAAACAAAAAAAAUGCCAACUCACAACUGGUAUUUUGUAAUGUUAUGUGACAAUUUCAGGUCGUGUCCAGACAAGAAAUGUAAGCUUUGUUUCUUAAAAGAUUUUAAUCGAAAAGAUUACCUUGUUCACUGUUUCUUUUUCUCUCUAAAUAUUCAGUUUUUGAUAACUUAUUCCCAGAAAUUUACUGCGAGCCAGUUCCAUAAACAGUAUACAUUGCCUACAACCCUUUCCUGGCAUGUAAAAUGUCAUAAGAUGUGACUUGAAGUGAUAUAUAUUCUGCAGUACAUAAUAUCUAUUUCACAUUAUUAGCAGCCAUGUAGUUGUUACUACCAAGUGGCAUUUCCACCUAAGUGGCUGGAGUUUCGGAUUCUUUUAAGGCUGUGCAUAUAAGAAAGAAAUGAUUAAUUAUUAAUAAUCUUUGCAGCCGUAUCAUACAUGGGCAGUGAGCUACAUGCUAAUCUUGGGAGAGAGGAACGGUAUUUCUGUUGUAUCAUUCUGGGUGCUAAAUGGUAGAUUACAAAGGGCAUAGGAAUGUGACAACAGUAGAAUUGUGUUGCUGUUAAAUAUCAUUACACUUUUUAUAUUUUGAUCCAGUGCAACGGUCGAUCUGCCACUUUGUGGAACGUGUCUAUAUUUAUAUACUCUCCCUUCAGAAUUAAGUAAUUGUAGUAUAGCCACUCAGUGUAACCCUCAGAAAAUGUGUGUGUAUUGGCUGGGUUAAUUACUUUAUUAGUAUUUUAUAUGGCACACUCCUGUUUUGUUUCUUGGCUGUUUGUUGUUUAAUCUUUAGUCUGCAGCUGCUCUACUGUGAGAGUUUGUGUAACAUUUAUGUAAGAAAUACCAAAGACUACAUCAUAAAUGAUAGGAAUUAACUCGAUGCAAUUUUAGCAUCUUUAUUUUCUACCUGUAAAGAGUCUCAGUAAUGGAUAACAUUUAGUGUGUGAUCACUAAAUGUUAUGGAGAUUGGACAGAAUUGUGUGGAGAAGUUCUUGUUUCUUUUCUCCUUAGUUCUUUUUGCAAAAGAGAGAUUAGAGCUGAAAGCUAACGAAGUACGAAUGGUGGAAAUGUGUCCCCUGUUCCCAGAUGCGCAACUUUCAUAUCCUAAGAAGCACGUAGUGUAAUUUAUGAAGUGGAAACACUGUAUAUUUAUUAGGCACUCUUUCACCUCUCCUCAUCCUUUUAAUAAUUUAAAAUACUGACUGAAAAGUGACCUUUGCUACUUGUGUAGACCUAUUAUAUUAUACUUUUUAUUAUCUGUGUAUAUGUGUAAGAAAAUUAUUGGCUUGUCCUUUCUUAUUUGGCAUUGCCAGUUUUGUAAUGUUAUUGUAUAUACGUUAUACUUCUUUUGUGACUUUGUAAAUAGAAUAUUGGAUAUUUGUAUUGUGACAUUGGUGUUUGCAAAAAUCAUGUUCUGCUUUUAAGACAAAUGGAUAUGCAAUAAUACAUAUAUGUCUAUUUCAUAAAAAUCUUGUUUUUAUUUGCUUUACACAGUAUUUCAAAAGAUGUAAUACAUUUCAGUUUGAAAUGCAGGCUUGUGUAAAUCAACUGUAACUGUUAUACUUUAUUUGAGAAAUACAUGCAUAAAAAAUAAA